AUGAAGGAAGGUGGCCGGUUGUCCCAGCAGGAUACUGGAGCCAGAUCCCCAAACAUUACUUACCCACCGUGCUUACCCACGAAUAAAAGGCAAUUUGGGAACAUGUCCUUACAUCUACUCAGACCUUCUAAGGCUCUGUCAGAGUUUAGAGCCAGGGCUAUGCAUUUGCUGCUGGUGAUGAGGCAGGCUUACCCUAGUAAUAGUGGGGGUUUCCAGAGCUUCCUGAGCAGGGAAGAUGAGCGCUGCUGCACUUGCGCUCUCUGGGACAGGUCACCCACAGAUGCCAUGGAAGUGUCAUUCGAUAACUUCAAGCUGAAAUCUGUCAGAGGAAUUGUGACCCAUCUCAGCCUCGAUUACGGCUGGAUUGAUGAAACCAUCUUUUUCCAUAUCAGCGUGGUCAGUGACAACAUGCCUGUGCGCAUUGGAGGAAUGGUCAUUGCUCUUGUGAAAGAAGACGAAACAACUCAUUUACUGAAAGCGGUCAAGGUGAAAGUUAUGACUAAUGGCGAUUGUGGUGCUAAGCCAUCAGAGCUUGACAGAGAACUUUGUAUUAUGGGUGUCACCUCGGUAACACAGGACAACAUCUAUAUCAGCAAGGAAACUUCUAUCCCUGCUCAGCUCUUUUCUGGAGAUUUUAUGCCUUACAAAGGAGACUUGCUGCUGAUUGAUUAUUACUCGAAGCCGGGCAAUUCAAACAUGAACAUCCACACUGUGAGCCCCCUCAACUCCCACAGGAUCAGUGAGGUCUGUGUGACCAGUAUUGAUGGAAGAACUGGCGUGGUCGAUGACUUCAUGUUUUUUACCUUGGAUUCUCUCCAUACUCUUCCUGGUUAUAAACCUGCAUUAUACGAUAUUGUUAACGUGGUUGUGGUAGACAGCAUUCAAUCGCAGUACACCUUUAGAGUAGUAGCUAUGUUUCCAGUGAAGCUGUAUUAA